AUGGAUUCAAGAUUAGAUGUUAAUACUAUGGGAUUAACAUCCACAUUAGUAUCAAAAUUAUUUGAUAAUUUAUCAGGAUCGCUCGAUGUAACACUAUCAAAUUUAAUGACAAAUGAAAGUGACAGAUAUGGUUUAAUGAGCGGUGGCUCAUCUGGAGGUAGUGGUAGUUCAUUAAAUAUUGCCAGUACAAAUAUAUCAGGAGGCACAACACCACCUACAAUAACCGCAACUCCAGCCAUAUCACCAACAUCAUCAACAACCAAUAUAGCGAAUUUAAAUUUAAACACAGCAAGCGGAUCACCUAAUUCUACCCCAACCUCAUCUAUUAACUCAUUAUCACCAAAUAUAACAAAUAAUAUUGGCAGCGGUGGUUUAACACCAAGUUCAUCACAUACAAAUAUCCCAUCGCUUAAUGCCAGUGGAAGUAUAGGAAGAAGCUCACUUACCCUCUCACCAAAUUCUUUAAUGAGUAUUGGUAGUGGUAGUUUGGGCGGCAGCGGUGGAAGCUCAAGUGGAAGUCAAAUUGGAUCAUCUACAAUUAAAAUGUCAAAAGGCAAUACACUAAUAAGAAAGCUAGCAACAUCUGGCAAAAUAUUAAAUAUCGAUCAAAGUGAAACAGAAUGGACCAAUUUUGCAAGAAACUUUUGGUUUUAUUAUCCAUCAUUAAUGUUAAUAAGUGAAAGUAGUAAAUAUUGUAAAGAAUCGGCAAUUAGAUUGGUAUUAGAGUACUUACCAAAACAUAUUCAACAAUUACAAUCAUCUUCAGCUGUAAACUCACCUUCCCAAUCAACAACAGUAUCACCCACACUAACAACACUAGGUGGUGGUUUUAGUGGCAGCAUAGGGAAAGCUUCAAAUAUAAGUAAUAAUAUAACGAGUAAUGCCAAUAUAAAUGGCAAUAAUACACAAACUACAGUAACAGCGGGUUUUAAUUUUUCAUUAACUGUACAACAACAACAACAAAGUAAUUCAAUCGUUAGCAAUACAAUCACAACUACCACAACUACAACUACUGGAUCAACAGCAACAUUUACAACAUUAGGUCCAGGUGGUAUUCAAUCACCAUCUUCUUCACUAUCAAACGUACUUUGUUCCUCGAAUCAAUCUCAAAGCAAACACUUUUCAUUUGAACAGUUUUUAUCAACCAUCAGCUCUUAUCAUCAAGGUAGCGAUACCAAAUAUUUAGAUUUAAUUGAAAGUACUGUUGAAAUUGUUGUUGCAGAUAUAAUUACUCACAUUCUUGGUAAAGUCGAUUUCUCCCAAGUUUCAAGCAACUCUAAUCCUCCACUUUCAAUGUUUUUAAUCAAUCGUCUUAGAGAUUUGGCUUUUUAUUAUUUCAAACCAAUUAAUGCUAGAUCUUUAAACUUUUCAACUUGGAUUUCUUUAAGACUAUCAAUUUCUGAUCAAUGGUCAUUAAUUUUAGGUCAAAUUUCGAGAAUUUCUUUAAUUCCAAUCUCACAAUAUUUAACAAAAACUGUUCAAAAUAAUCCACCAUUGGAUGAUUUAAUCCCAUUAUUUAAAGGUAUUAGAUGGGUUAGUUUAGUUUUAACAGAUUCAGAAAAAAUUAAUGAAGUUGAAAAAUUAUUAGGUCAAAUGUAUAAUUGGAUUGAUAAUAAUAAAAAAAAUGUUUUAAGAUUGGUACAAUUGGAGGCUUUAGAUGGCAUGUUAUUAUCAAUGACAGAUUAUACACAAUCAACGAAUAUUGUAGCAAAAAUGAGAGAAAUCUUUAAGAAAGCAGAAAAACUAUUAAAGAAUGACGAAUUUGAAGAUAGAUCAUCAAAGUUAAUGUGUAGUAUUAUAUCCCGUGGACCACCAUCCUUUUUUGAAGAAGAUUAUGAAGGAAUAAUGAAGAGAAUUUGGAAAUCAAUAUCGGUACCAAAGAAGCGUGAUUUCUCAUUGGAAUGUAUUUUACGUUUACUUCAAGGAAGAUUUGUGCCACCAAGAAAAAUCAGCGGAUUACAAACCUACCUCUCUACCAAUACAUCAAACUCAUCCACUAAUGGUGGUAUUGCUGCUCAAUUACAACUACGUUUGGAUCGUGUUUAUGAAAAUAGUGGCAGUUAUCUUUAUGCUGGUCUUAUCUUUAAUCGUGGUAAAGUAAUUCCACGUCUCCAAGAGAUUAUUCAAGGUCUUUUUGGAAAGAAACAAAACAUACCAAAACCUAUUGAAUGUAUUGACCUCUUGACAGCUAUUUCGGUUCAUAUAUCUGUACAUAGUCUAAAGCUUUUAACCGAUUCAAUUUUACCAACAUUAUUUUCUUCCAAUAACCCAUUGUAUCAUGUCAUUGCAUUACGUACUUUAUCAAUUAUUUUAGAUCCAACCGGUGUAUUUUGGAACACUGCUUAUAGCGCAAACUCAAAAUCAAUUUCUGGUCUCUCUAGCCAAAAUGACAAUAUUACCUAUGUACGUAAAGAAGAAAUUCAAUUAACUUUUGAAACAUUUUUAUCAAAAUCUUUCAAGCAUUGUGAAGAGCAAUCAGGUUUACCACAAAACAACUCUUUGAUCUUGAAUGGUGACAAUCCAUCAAUCUCUCAGGAUCCUCUUACCAUUAGCACACAAUUCGAACCAACCAUUAGUCUUUAUUCAUUGAUUAAUGAAUCUUCAACUGUGCACCACCACAAGUUUGAAAAUGAUACAACUAUCGAUGCUAUUAAACGUUGGUAUGAAGUCUGCACAAAAUCUGUAGAACAACGUGAACGCGAACAAUCCGAGCAAACUAGAGUUCUUUCAAUUAGUUUAAAUAAUAAAAUAGAACAUUGGGAAAAGAAUAACAGUCUAAUCAGUCAUCAAUCUGAACCAUUCACCACUAAAAAGAAGACAAUAAGAAAGAAAACCAUGAAUCCAGAUCUUUUAGAAUUGUUUAAGGAAACAAUUCGUUGUAUUACAUUUAUCCCUAAAAAUUUCAUAUUACAUAGUAAUCUUCACAAGUUAGUGCUCCACGAAGAGGAAGAAAUCGCCUCAGCCGCCUCUCAUGCCAUUCAAGUUAUUAUGUGUGAUCAUCCAGAGCUACGUACUCCAUUGGUUCAAGGUUUUACAUCUUUAAUUCUUCAAUAUGUAGGAAAGGAUCAUGCAUCACUCCAAACUUUACUCUCACAAUUAUUAGGUUUAAUUGAUUUAUGGAAUGAACGUUCAUUCAUCGAGUCACGUCAUGCAUCAGUACCAUUGGAUUCAUCUUUCUUCCCACCAAAAAUGUUAGAAACUGAAAUUGAAGCAAUUGGUUUAGUUCAUUUAUCCUCACCAGUUCCAUCAACACGUUUAAUUGCUCUUCAAAUCAUUCGUUCUAUUAGUGGUAUUCGUAAUACUGAAAUUCAUAAUACUCAAAUCGCCUCUGUUAUUCACCAAAAGUGGCGUACUAUCGCACAAAGAGCUAGACACCAUUUAUUAUUAGAUAAUGCUUGUGGUAUUGACAAAGAAAUCAAAUUAAAUCCAAAUGACGAUUUACCAUCCGCUGAAGAGCUUGUUUUAACCACCCACGAUCGUUUAUGGGCUAUUACUUUAUGUGAAAUUGGUAGAAUGUGUACCGAACAUGACUGUGUUAGAACCUUAUCAAAAGCUCGUGGUAUUCUCUUAAAUAUUAUCAAUCUUAUGCCACAGGUGCCAACCGAAAGUACCACAGAUGAAAAUAAAAGAUACAAUAACUACAUUCUAAAAUACCUUUGGAUAAACUCACAUAGUUUAUUAUUAUCAACUAGCGGUAUUGCUUCGAGCUAUCCAUUAAGACCAACUCCACAAGAAGCCUCUCAAGAUCCAUUAGUUGAUGAAAUGAUUAAAUUCGAAUCAAAUCUUCAAGGCAAAAUCACUCAAUACCUACCAACAUUCUGGAAUGGUCUCUUAAGCGAUAUCAGCCCAAUUCGUGAAAAGUUAUCAUUUAUUUGUGGUCUUUUACAUUGGAGAUUAAUUCCAACAUUAAUCGACUCAUUAAAUGAAUGGUGGACCCAAAAUAAACAAAAUAAGAAACUUAGUCGUGUUAGAGUCGAUCUUUCAAACAUUUUUAGAAGAAUAUCCCAACACAAAGACUUCCCACGUGCUAUCUUUGAAAGUCAAGAUCUAGUUCAAGUAUUUGUUCAAUUCAUUCAACAAAUUGAUCCAAUUUUUGGUGAUCCAACUAAAUUGCCAAGUAUUAACAAUGAAAGCUAUUUCAAUGACAAUGCUGUCGUAGUUUAUAAUUUCUGUAAUAGUCUUUUUACUCCAACCUUAUGCGCAUUAAAUGGUCCAAUUAGAAAGUCAUUAAUUAGCUCUAUUAAAUCAAUUCCAUGGACUGUUGGCGAGCGUUAUAAAACAUUCAAAGCUAUUCUUCAAUGGUCAGGACAUCCAAAUGUUUCUCAACAAAGAAUGCAACUUGAAGGCUUUGAAAUUAAUAAAAGACUUUCAAAAAUUAAAGACUCAUUCCGUGAAGAUGAAAAAGCACGUAUUGAAGCUGCAUUAAGAAAAAUUAGAGAUUGUUCUAGAUUGGCAGCAGAGUCAAUUUUAAAGUUGGGUACAUUAUUCGAAGAGGGUAAAUUACAAAAAGAAGUUUUAGAAUGGGUUGUCGAUUCAGAAUUAAAAGGAAAUCGUAUUUUAAGAUGGGUAUUGUCAUAUCAUUUCGAUGAAGCCUAUGCUUAUUUCCUAAGCCGUUGUUAUAUUGAUAACCCAGCCGAAUCUGUAUUAUAUUUACAUUCAAUUUAUGACCAAUUCCUUCCAAUUCCACCAAUCAAUCCCCCAACAUUAGGUAUCACUCAAGACAUCUAUCAAUAUUAUUUUGACAAAGCCUUAGAAGAAAAAGAUCAAGAAGAUUUAGAGGAUGAGCCUGUAACAAUAAUUGAUAAACAAUUCUCAAGAAAAUUAGUUGAUAUUGGUGCAUCUCUUUUAUUCCUUUCAUUAUUAAAUCUUUUACACCCAGCUUUCUUGGCUAGAAUUAGAUCUUUUGAUUUAAUUGCUCGUCUUUCACCAAGCUCAUUUGGUUUAUCUACUGAAGAAAACGUUUUAAUUCGUUCACAACUUUUACCACGUCGUCAAUCAUUCUCUUCUAGAAAUACCCCAACCAAUAAAAUUAAUGCUCUUGAAGUUUCAUCAUUGGUUUCCCAAACCUGCCCACUCUGGACCGAAAAGCUUUUUGAAGAGGUAUUUCAUCGUUUCAAAAAUUUAAAUACUCAAAAUAAGAAAUGGACCAUUCAAUUCCUUUUACCAUGGUGUAACAAUAUUAGUUUUGUCGAAGGUAGAAUGACAAGAAUGGUACCAGUUGAGUUCUUAAAACAAUUCUUUGCAGUUCUUACCGAAUCAAUUACCCCAACCGGUAAUAAUACAGAAAUGAUGCCAGAAUUAAUUGAUUUAUGGUUAGCAUUAGCAAGAAAGGAACCACAAAAUCUUAUGGUUAUCAUCAACUUUUUAGUAAAAAAAUCAAUUUCUAAUCGUGAUCAUAUGCCAAUUUGUAAAUUAAUCAUUCUUUAUAUUUAUCGUAUGGAUCCAGAAAGAACAUUAGAACCAUUAAUUUAUCAAUUAUCCUACAGCGGUGUUUCUCAUAGUAUUGGAAAUGAAAAAAGAUUAUCUGCCGGUCUUUCUGACAACGAUUUAGGAAAUUUAGAAGGUAAUGAAGUCGAUCGUAAUAAACUUUCAAGACAAUCUAGUAAAAUUAGAGAAACUUGUGUCAUCAUUUUAACAGAUUUAAUCAGUGAAAAUCUUGUGCCAGUAAUGCCAUAUCUACAUAUAGUAUUCAACUAUUCUAUUCUUCGUAUUGAUUCUACUACCGAAUCACCAUUACUUCAAAAGAUGAUCAAUAUUCUUUUGUCAGGUCUUAGAAAUAAUCUCUAUGCCCAAACAUUUGUAGCCAACAACGAAGAAGCUAAGCAACAGAGUCGUUCCAUUUUGAAAUCAUUCGAUACUAUUUUAACCUCACUUCGUUUGCCAACAUUCCAAAUUAAAUUUGAUUUCAAUGACGACAGUAUUCAUCCAAUUGGCUUUGGUAGUAUUAGUGGUAGUUCAAUUGGUAUCAAUGGUACUCUACGUAGAGACGUUAGAAAUAAUGAAAUCAUUAAUCAAUCAUUUAUAGGCUUUGAUAAUAAAAAUCCAAUCGUUUCAAUUUAUUCAAAGAGAAAAGCCUCAUUCUUGGUUCAAGGUAGCAAAACUUCCUCAUCAAAUCAUAUGAAUGCUGGUUACAAGGAUAGUGUUAUUGACCAUCGUAACGAAAUGAUUAAAUGGUGUAAUGGUUAUAUCUAUGCUGAUGAAUUAAUUAGUGUACUCUGUAAAUACUUUGAAGUUGUUACACCAGCUACUAUUGACCGUUGGGAAAACGAAUCACUUUAUUGGAUCAAAAAUUAUAAAGACCCAAGAGUAUCGAUCAAAUCGUGCCAAAUGUAUAGAUCAAUUAUUCAAUGUCAACAACAAUUAGUAAACAAUAAUCUUAAUAGUAAUAAUCUUAUUAUGAAAACAUUAAAAAGACAAAAGGUACGUUGGGCAUCAUCAGUUGAACAUUUAGUUACUCUCUUACAAGAAUGGACAGAAGAUUUAGACAAUUGUUUAAUCAAUCUCACCAAACUAUCUAAUCAAAUUAACUAUUGUGUCGGGGGUAGUUCUCAACAAUUAUUAAUCAAAUCAUUUAAUGAACAACAAAAUUUAGCAAUCUUCAAGCGUACACUUUGUGUGGAAAUUCUUUUAACCUUGAAACAAAUUAUCCAAUCUAAAAAUAUUGAUGAAAAUUCAUUAUCAUUAAUAUUUUGGUCAUCAGUAUCAUUAAUUGUCCCAACUCAAUUAUUCUACAAACCAUUAUAUGAAACUAGUUUGGAAAUUAUUUCACAAAUUUCCAAAAUGGAUGAUGAUGACGAUGACGACAAUUUAGAAAAAGCCAAUCAAGAUAUAAUUAGAGUACCAUUAUUCGUAAAGCAUAUUUUAGAAAACUCCCAACAUAUUAAUAUUCCACGUGGUAUUCAAUAUCAUUUAUUCAAAGGUUUAUUAUCACCAUCAACCGAAGAAGUUUGCUCGCGACUAUUAGUUUGUUUAGUUUCAGUUCAAUCAGAUUCCUUGGCCUCAGUUCAACAAAUUGAUCCAAUGGGACCACCACAAAGAUAUUUAUUACCAAUUUUAGCCUUAGCUCCAUGGUUACAUAAUCGUAUUUUAACUAGUAAAUCAUCAAUCAUUUACCGUGAACAAAAGAUUGCUGCUGAUAAAAUCGCUACUGCUCUUUCACAAGUACUUGUUAGUAGUGUUGGUAAAGGAGAACUUCCACAAAACCAAGAACUAUCCGAAAUAUUUAGCUUGUACUCUAAGGGUGGGUUCAAUUCUAAUCCAGACAGCUUCUUAAUUAAAGUUAUCUCUUGUCUACGUAGCUUGGUAAUCCCUAAAUUCUCUAUUGAAUGCUCGGAUUUAAUGACCACUUUAUUAGAUUCUUCUAGUUCAUUAUCAAACUCAAUCCUUAAAGUAAUCAACCUAUUAUUAGAAGGUGCCUCUCCACAAGUUUUACCAUUAUUCAAAAAUAUAAUUAAAAUUGCUUGUGACUAUGGCAGUUCAUUACCAGUUGCUGCUGAUUUAAUUAACUCUGUUGUUUCAACAAUGAAAAACUCAAUACCUCAAAAUAAUUUACCACCUUUAUUGCCACCAAUUGAUAAAACUAGUUCUGAAAUUUUAAAACAAAUUUUAGUACCAGUAAAACAUCAACAACAAUUGCAACAACAACAAUUACAACAAGCUCAAAAACAAGCACAACAGCAACAAGCACAACAACAGAAACAAGCAGAACAAACCUCACCAUUAUCAAUGUCUCAAGAACAAAAUAAAAAGAAAGGUCAUCGUAGAAAUAAAUCACCAAUUUCAGAUCAUCCAUCAUUAAAAGAAAGAGCUAUUAAUGAAAAGAAGUCACAACCAGUUUCACCACCACAAUUUUCAAAUGUAUUUAACCCACCAGCUUCAAUUCAACAACAGCAAGAAGAAAUUGUACAAGAAAUUGAACAAGAAAUUGAACAAGAUGAAUUGGAUUUAGAUGAAUUUGACGAAUUUGAUGAUGAAGAAAUGAAAAACCUAAUGGAAAAUGACCCUACACUCACCAGAUCAAUGUCAAAGAGUAUGUGGAGAAAUUCGGAUGAAUAUAAUGCCUAUUUGGAUUUAGAUGAAAAUGACUUGGAUUUAGAAGAUUUGAAAGUUGGUUUAGAAGGUUUAGAUUCUAAUAUUUUAAAUAAAUUUGGUAACUCUACAUCUACAAGCAAAAGAUCUUCACGUUCACUUAAUCAAUCCUCUGAAGAAAGCGAAGAAUUACGUAACUCGUCCUCAAGAUCCUCUAGAUCACAUUCAACUACUAGCAAUACUGGUUUAAGUAAGAGUAGAUCAAGAUCUUCGUCAUCUGCAAGCCAACCAAGAGAUAGAUCUUCAUCCACUACAUCACAAACACAACAACCAUUAACCUCAUCAACUAAACAGCCAUCAUUUAGUUUAAUUACACCAUCAUCAAAUAAAAACAGAACCUCUUCACAAAAACCCGGUAUUCAAGAGCAUACAUUAGGUCAAGACUCAAUAGAGUCAUUAAGAGCAUUAUUAGGUACCUCCGAUCUUACAUCAAGCAAGAGAAAUUCUGAUUCAAUUCAAAUCGACCAACUUUUAAGCAAUUUGAAAAACUUUGAUCAAAAUGACGAAACCUAUGCUCAAUUAGAAUCAGAAUUUGACGACUUAUUAACUUCAGAUUCACCCCAAGCAUCAUUUUUAAAUUUGGUACCAAGUGGUAGUACCCAUUCACCUUCAUCAACAAUAUCUUCUACAGGUUUAGGUAUCAAAGAAAUAUUAAAUGAUAGUAAGAAAAGAAGAUCCUUUUUAGAUUUCCUCAAGAAACAACACUUCCAAAAAGCAGUUAAUGACGUAUGUUUUGUUGAAGUUGUAAAUGAUUUCAAAUCCGAUAUUGAAGGUAGUGGAAAAAUUGGUGGUGAUGGUUUACUUUAUUUAAUGAGACAUAUUGUUGAAGGUUUUGUGAACGAAAACUCCAAACAUUCAAUUUCUAUCACCGAAAAGGUACGUCAAAAAGUUGUUCAAAGCUAUCAAGAAUUUAUCUCUGAUGGUAAUAAUAUAGAUCCCUCAAUUUUUGAUGAAGCCUUGGAUAUGGUUUUUAAAGCUUUAGAAGAUAAAUCAAUAUUAGAUGCUUUUAUUUCAUCACAAUACAAUAUAAAUAAUUAA